AUGGUCUUUGGCGAGACGAUAAUCAGGGAGAUGCCUCCCUUGAGUGCAAUUGUCAAGGCGCAGGAAACAGCGGAGCAAGUCCUACUGAUGUUCGCCAAAAUUGCUUCCGUCGUGGUUGAGCAGGCGAUCGGCAGGAACUUGAACCUCAUUCAGCAGGCGGCCACCGGGGCUUUCCCAGAGCCCGGCCAGGAGCCGAAAGCUCAGCAACUCCACAAGCAGCUGUCCCUGCGCGCCUUCCGCCGAGAGAUCCAGUCGGAGUUCGAAGACGAAGCUUCGGAUUCAGGCAGCAGAAGCGGAAAAGGCAAGAAAGGAUCAAAGCCCAACCCCAUCCCACCUCCGGACGGCUUGUGGUCCAUCGGCCCGGUCGAUGGCGCACUGCAGUACCAGAAGUUGAUCACCCAGUUCAGCGGAUUCGAGACGGACACCGGGUCCUGCUUGGCCUUCGCCCCCUCACAUCGUGCGAACGGCGCUAAUUCGAAGGUGCAGCAGGGCGAUUGGCAGACGACCUCAGACGACAAGUUCAUCAAGUUGGAGCCUUUUGCCGUGCCCUGCGCCAACACCUGGAUGAAGAAGAACCCCGACAAGUGGGAGGGCUACACCUUCUACUUCUCGCCGGGGGCUACGGAGAAGUGUAUUGCCAUGACCUUCGGGAUGGGUGUGCAGCCUGUGCUGGCUUUCGUCGUCGGUAUGGAGUUCGGCUUCAUGCCGGAGCCCAUCGUGGAGCUUGAGACGACGAUCUGUUGGCCUGAUGGACAGCCAGAUGACCAAGAUCUUAGCCACGUUUCCAUGGCCAUCAAGUCCGCCGGCAUUCCACUGCACACCAGGACAGUGCGGCUUAUCAAAAGGUUCGGCGAGAACACGGAUUUCGAGAAUGGCAACAUCCAUGAGACCAGGGCAGGCCCCAUGCCCACUUUUGGAAUGCCAACGGAUGGAGAAGAUGAUUCAGGGCUGCACAGCAUGAACAGGAUCAGCCUGAUGGCACACAGGAAGCUCAUGCUAGCCUCGAUGGACUACGACCCUGUCACAGGACCGCGCAUCACCCAGAUGUUCAACGGGACAGAGGCAGAAAAGAUUCUGAUUCAGCAAAAGCGCAAGGCUCUGGAGGCAUUGCAAACGUCUUCAGAGGCCACUUCAGAGGCCAACUUGACCAGGGACAACGGUCAUCAGCUCUUUAAGGUUGACAUCCAGAACAUGGGUCCAGUGACCUUCCAUAUCCGCGGCUUUUUGCACAACAGCAAGUUGAACCUGGGCGUUCGGAUGGGUUUGGGACCUUGGUCGCCGCCGGAGCACAUCAUCACGCUGAUUGACAUGAAAGUGAAGCUGGCGCUUGCGUUGGCCGGUUUGCCGUUCGUCUCCCCUGACAGCAAGGUGAAGGCCGUGGAGGCUUUGACAAACUUCGACAGCAACAUCGAAGAAGAGAUGCGCAAACAGGACAAGUGGAAAUUGGCAUUGAAGACGGGCAAGACCAGCAAAUUUGGAUUCUCCUCCGCACUGUGGACCGACGGCAGCGUCUUCAACGCAGAUUCGCCAUCAAUGGACGAGGGGGACGCCAAGUAUUCAGCAUUCAACACUGUGCCCUUCCAGAAGAUGCGCAUGUGUGUUGGGCGCCCGACGUCCAACUGCGUCGAGCACAACUUUCCCAAGACCUAUGCAAGUGCCAGAGAGCUUUUCAGCUCCGGGUACAUUCCCGACAGCACCCUGAGAAAGGAUGAUCUUCUCAAGGCAUUUGGCCCUGAGAAAGAUUCCUAUAGAGAUUGCCCCAUGCAGAUGCCACGCACCAAGCCGUGUGAGCCUGGCUUCAACAUUGAGUGCAGAGAUGGCAACAGAGCCCGCUGGGGUUGGUGCGCCAACUGUCCGUCACAGGCAUGCCAGCCUGGAGCAACACAGGAUGCAGACGCAGCCAUCGGAUUGGGACUCAAUGGGCAAACUACGGGGGAGAUGGGAGCAGGUUGGUUUUUCGCCCCGGGAAAAAACCAAUGCACAGCGAGCGGCAAGGAGGUCUGGUUUUGGGUGUCGGAAGACGUCCAGGAGUGGAAGUUGGCGUUGAAGACCAGAUCCGGGAGCCCCAAGUUCGGAUACACAUCCUCGCUGUGGACCAACAGCAACGUCUUCAACUCAAAUUCGCCGGCAACGACAGCAGAGGAUGCCAAGUAUUCAGCCUUCAACACUGUGCCCUUCCGGAGGGUUCGUAUGUGUGUUGGGAGCCCGGAUUCCAAUUGUGUCUAUCACAGCUUUCCCUGGACAUAUAAAAGUGCCAGAGAGCUUUUCAGCUCCGGGUAUGUUGCUGACAGCACCGUGAGCAAGGAUGAUAUGCUCAGGGCCAUGGGUCCCGAGGAAGGUUCUUACAAGGAUUGCCCGAUGCAGAAGCCGCGCCCCAAGUUGAUGGAAUUCAGGCCUGGCUUCAACGUCGAAUGCAAGGACGGCAACAAGGCUCGAUGGGGUUGGUGCGCCAACUGCCCGACUCAAGACUGCCAGCCUGGAGACGACGAUGAUGCAGACGGAGCUACUUACCUGCAGUUUUUGCUAAAGGAUUUUUCCGGCGUAGGCUUUAAGGGUUUCUAG